AUGAACUGUGGGAAGUGCCCAGGCACCAUGGACUCGGUCCGCUCCGGACCUUUUGGACACAUCUUCAGACUGGACAACUUUGUCUUUGGUCAAAGUGGAGCAGGGAACAACUGGGCCAAAGGCCACUACACGGAGGGGGCAGAGCUGGUGGUGAGAAUAGAGGCGGAGAGCUGUGAGUGUCUGCAGGGCUUCCAGCUCACACACUCUCUGGGAGGAAGAACUGGCUCCAGUAUGGGGACCCUGCUCAUCAGCAAGAUCAGGGAGGAGUACCCAGACCUUAUCAUGAACACCUUCAGUGUGGUACCCUCCCCGAAGCAUGCCGUGUUCCGCGGCCGCAUGUCCAUGGAGACCAAGAACAGCAGUACCAGGACGCCACGGCUGAGGAGGAGGGGAGAGUUCCAGGAGGAUGUGGAAGAGGAUGCCUAG